UCAGUUCUUUUGUUUCUUCGCAUUGCCAUGCAUGCAUUUAAUUGCUUCAGUAUGACAAUAUAUCAUAUUACUUUAUUCUUAAUAUUAAUAAGUGUGGUUUAUCAAACGGUAGCUUCUCAAUGUGAGGUGGCCCAAGUUUGUUUGACUGACCUAACGCAAACAGAAUGCGGGGCUGGUUUAGUGCUCACUCAAAAUUUUAAUAUUUUUGGUUGUUGUCCAGGUUGCAAACUUAUAACUGAUGGCGGAAAUAAUAAUAAUGGCACUGAUGUAACUCCUGCAGAAGCAUGUCGACCUCCGUCCACUUGUUUACCUGAUGGACGUUAUGCACCCGUACAAUGUAAAGGCGAUCUGUUUGUUGGAAGGUGUUUCUGCUCCGAUGAUGAAGGAAACAGAAUAUUUGGACAAAUGUGGAGAAGGGAUGCCGACGAGAUGACUUGUGCUUGUAGUCGCAGGAGACAAGAAUUAGAAAAAUCUCGGAACAAAAUGUCGACAUUGCAUUGUACUAGCACUGGAGAUUACGAACCACUGCAGUGUGAUGAAGGCAUGUGCUGGUGUGCAAGCCCGAAUUCUGGCCAACCGACAGUAGCUCCAGUGCCAGAAGCAGAUAUGGCUAUGCUGCCAUGUUAUAGUGCAACAGUUGUCGGUGAGAAUUAUCUACGAAGAUGCGAAAGUAUCGUUUAUUCGCUGGCCACCAUAAAGAGAGAACAAGAGGAACAUGGAACUUUUUUCUUAGGUAACUCCAUAACAUCCUGCGACUACGACGGCAGCUACGGACCGUAUCAGAUUCAAAAUGGAAUUGCCUACUGUACCGGUCGAGAUGGCAAAAUCUUAGGCUCGUGGCAGGUCGUCGUAAAUAAAAUGAGAGGAAUGAAUUGCAAUUGCGCGCGCGACACUAACAUAUACUUCCCAGAAAAGGGCAUGACUGUCUCUGAGGUUUGUGAGCCAAAUGGAAACUAUCGGCCUAGUCAGUUCGCAGGAGAUGUGCCUUACUGCGUCGAUUCGGACGGCUACCACAUUGAGAGGGAGGAUUGGCCUGAUGAAUGUGUCAGAAAUGCUGACGAAAUUAAAUCAAAUAUCAUACAAGACAAGUUUUAAAAAUGUUUUAAUAUG